AGGAAAGUGCAAGCGAUGCUUGAAAUGGGUAUAAAUAUAUGGAUGCCCCCAGCCCACCCAUGCCAGGAGCUCGGUAUCCGUACUUCUCACCAAAACAUUGAAAUCACACACGCUCCUCCCACUGUUGGUCCAUCAUGCCAGGUCGUAUCAUCGAAGAGUGCACCUUCACACACAGGCAGGUGCCUGGGCCCGUGUCAAAGAAGGCGGUCGAGAAGUUGAAUCCAGUCUGGGAUUCCCGAGCUGUGUAUUUUGUCGUCGACUAUGCCAAAAGCCAUGACAACUUCAUCGUCGACGUUGAUGGAAACGAAUUCUUGGACGUGUACUCGCAGAUUGCUUCUAUCCCGGUUGGCUAUAACAAUGCCAGGUUGAUCGAGGCCGCCAAGUCUCCACAGAUGAUCCUCGCGCUCGUCAAUCGUCCGGCUGUUGGUAAUUUUCCCGGCGAGAACUGGCUCACCCAGCUGAAGGACGGUUUGCUCCGAGUAGCACCCAAAGGUCACAACAAGGUCUUCACCGCCCAGUCUGGAUCGGAAGCGAAUGAACUCGCAUAUAAAGCCGCGUUUAUGCGCUACAGACGCCGGCAGCGAGGAGAAGGAGUCGAAUGGACUCAAGAGGAAAUCGACUCUUGCAUGAACAACGCUGCUCCAGGAUCUCCUGAUCUGGCUAUCCUCAGCUUCAAGAACUCCUUCCACGGUCGGGGUUUUGGUAGCUUGUCCACCACCCGAUCAAAGGCCGUCCAUAAACUCGAUAUCCCUGCUUUCAACUGGCCUCAGGCACCUUUCCCUGCAUUGAAGUAUCCCCUCGAGGACAACGUCGAGGCAAACAAGGCCGAGGAGGAAGCUUGCCUCAAGAAGGUCGAGGAACUCAUCACCUCAUGGCACUGUCCUGUGGCUGCAGUCAUUGUAGAGCCGAUUCAAAGUGAGGGUGGCGACAACCAUGCCUCCCCAGCCUUUUUCCAAGGCCUCCGCAAGAUCACCCAGGAGCACGACGUCAUGCUCAUUGCUGACGAAGUGCAGACAGGAUUCGGAGCCACCGGCAAGUUCUGGGGCCACGAGCACUGGAACCUCGCAAGCCCUCCAGACAUGGUGACAUUUUCCAAGAAAGCGCAGACGGCCGGCUACUUUUUCGGAGAUGAUCAACUCACUCCUGAUAAAGCAUAUCGGCAAUUUAACACCUGGAUCGGGGAUCCUGCACGCAUCAUCAUGUCCAACGCCGUGAUAAGCGAAAUCUUGGAUAACAAGCUCGUCGAGCACACCGCCCAAGUGGGCGACAAGCUUUACGCCGCACUGGAGAAGCUUGCGACAAAGUAUCCGGACAACAUCCAGAACCUUCGAGGCAAGGGCAAUGGCACAUAUAUUGCCUUCGACACAGAGAAUCCUGCUGCCCUUGUCGGCAAAAUGAGGAGCUUCGGAGUCAACAUUGGCACCUGUGGGACGAGAACGGUCCGCCUGAGACCGAUGCUUGUUUUCGAGGAGGGUCAUAUUCCUAGAUUGGUGGAGACUUUCGAAAGAGCAUUAACGGGCGGCGCUGAUGGUAGCAAAUGAUUUCGGCGGAUUGCAGGCGUUCAUGACUAGGCCGUAGAUCUUGUUACCAUAAUCGAGACGGCGUCGGGUUGGUAAGCGAGAUCGUCAGUAAGCAGCAGCCUGCUUUUAGAUAGACUUUCACUUGAAAGAGGGCGUCGCUCGACCCAGAUGAUGCAUUGUUGACGGUGACGAGAAUGAUAAUGUGCUGCAGAAGGAGAAUGGAUCUCGGGCAGGCCGGUCCUUGUUGCAAACAGUCACUCAUACAAUGGUGGGCCCACCGUCUCUCCGGAAAUGACCCCACUGUAUGCUCCUCUGCCUCUGCCGCGGGUACCCAUGUCCCAGCUUCGACGGCUUGGCUGUUCGCGCAUUGCUCAUUCAACCUCGAAAGGGAACUCGUAAUCAGGAAUAGCCAAGAAGUUUUCCAGGAGUUGACUCUCCGGGUGCACAAAGCCGUCGGGAGCUUGGGCAAAGUUCUCCAUAGUGAAGAAGGCGGAGCCUGCGGCAGACUGUAGAUUGCCCAGUCCAUUCGUAUCAGCGUCACUGCCAGCAAAUAACAG